CGUGUCUACUCAUUUAGACCGGAGAAAAAAAUAACUAUAAUAUUGUUUUCUCCAAUUUGCAGAAGGGGAGGAAGAAGAAGAAGAUUUGUAUAAAUAACAGUUUUCUCUCAACCACUCCCAGAUCUCACAAUUUCAUUUCUUGUUUCAGAGAUUCGGAAUUCAAACCCGAACUCUUUAACAAGAACUUCGAAACCAGUUUUUGAUUUUUUUUUUUUUGUUUUCUUUUGAUUCAGUGGGGGGAGAAUUGGGUGUAUUUGAAGUUUGAUUGUGAAAAUUUUGAGUAAAAAAUGGGUGAAGUUAGGUCAAGAUGGCAAAGGUUUAGUUCAAUAGUAGGUGUUGUAACAUUUGUGAUUCUAUUAGUAUCAGCUUUUGUAUCAGCUGAAAGAAGUUUGAAAGAUGAACAACCUAAAAAGAUUGAAACUGGUGAUGAAAUUGAAUCAGAUUAUUUACUUAAAGUUGUUAAUUUCUUAUGGAAAGCUGAUGGAUCAGGUUAUCAACAUGUUUGGCCUGCAAUGAAAUUUGGUUGGCAAAUAGUAGUGGGUACAUUUGUUGGAUUCUUUGGAGCUGCAUUCGGAAGUGUAGGAGGUGUUGGUGGUGGUGGAAUUUUUGUUCCUAUGCUUACUCUUAUCAUUGGGUUCGAUGCUAAAUCCUCUACUGCAAUCUCUAAAUGUAUGAUCAUGGGUGCAGCUGGGUCAACUGUCUACUACAAUCUUAAGCUAAGGCAUCCCACACUAGAUAUGCCUGUUAUUGAUUACAACUUGGCACUUCUCGUCCAACCUAUGCUUAUGCUUGGAAUCAGUCUUGGAGUAGCUUUCAAUGUAGUUUUUGCUGACUGGAUGGUUACAGUCCUCCUAAUUAUUCUUUUCAUAGGUACAUCCACCAAGGCAUUUCUUAAGGGUGUGGAAACAUGGAAAAAGGAAACCAUACUAAAGAAGGAGGCUGUUAAGCGCUUGGAAUCAAAUGGCAAUGGCAACGAUUCAGUUGAAUACAAGCCUCUACCAAGUGGCCCAAAUGGCACUGAAAAGCAGUCAAAUGAAUCUGGAGAUGCAGAGGUCCCUAUUCUUCAGAAUGUCCAAUGGGAGGAACUUGGCCUUCUAUGCUUUGUCUGGGUUUCAUUCCUUGCUAUUCAGAUUAUUAAGAAUAAUACAGCAAAUUGUUCCAUGGCAUACUGGGGUUUGAACUUUUUGCAGAUUCCUGUUUCUGUUGGAGUGACUGCAUACGAGGCAGUUUGCCUUUACAAGGGGACUAAAAAGAUUGCCUCUAAGGGAGAUGAUGGCUCAAACCUUAAAGUGAGUCAGCUAAUUAUGUACUGUUCAUUCGGCGUACUAGCUGGAAUGGUUGGUGGACUGCUAGGUCUUGGUGGAGGAUUUAUCUUAGGUCCUCUAUUUCUGGAGCUUGGUAUCCCUCCUCAGGUUUCAAGUGCCACAGCCACUUUUGCCAUGACAUUCUCCUCCUCCAUGUCUGUUGUAGAAUAUUACCUUCUUAACCGUUUCCCAGUCCCUUAUGCUGCAUACUUUGUAGCCGUUGCUACUAUUGCUGCCCUUGUUGGGCAACAUGUAGUAAGAAGGAUGAUCAUUAUUUUAGGAAGAGCAUCUCUCAUUAUCUUCAUUCUUGCCUUCACGAUUUUUGUGAGCGCAAUCUCACUAGGUGGAGUUGGAAUAGUAAACAUGAUUGGAAAGAUUCAACGACAUGAAUACAUGGGAUUCGAUAACUUGUGCAAAGCUGGUUAGAAUAGAAGUCCAUUCGUUCUACAAUUCUCUCUUUCUCCACUGUAAUUCAAUCUCAUUUAUGUUCAUUGGAAAGUGUUUUAAAAAUAUAGCGCCAUCAAAGCUUGGGCUUAUGCUUUUGUAUCAAUUUUGUGAUCUCUAUGAAAACAGUGAAUUCUUAAUUUAUUAAUUAUCUCUUUCUCAAACA